AUGAAGGAGCUCUGCGUUCUUGUCCUGCACUGCAUUGUUUUCUUUGCCCAGGACGUUGAGCUGGUUGGGCUUUUCACCGCAGCUUAUUGCCAGCUCAUCUUUGAGGACAGCAGGGUUACUCAGUUUUCGAUGAUCCCCCUAGCUAGAACAGAUCACAAGAGUGAUCAUCAGGACAACCAAAACCUGUAUGCUCACCAAGCAGUUCAAAUCACUUUGGACGUCAGCAACCCGCAGGCCUGCAAAGUCUAUAGCACGUUCCAGCACUCUCAGUGCAGCUACAUGCAUCCGCAUUACGUCGGAACUCAGGUGACCUUGGAGUCUGCCGACGGCUCGAUGUCUACCACAGCCCUGCUUCGUGGAUGGCCUGUCGUGGCUGCGCUGCAGCAGGCCUUCCUGAUGCCUAUGACGAUGGAGUUCGCCAAAUGGAACGAGGUUCAGGUCUUCUUCAAGCCGCGUAGCAACUCGCCAGAGGAGGCACGUGCCAUGAUUGUGGCACCAUCUGCUUUUCACUUUGAGGUGCCUUGUUCCUUCGAGAUUUCCGCGGGCUUUCCCGACCCUGGAGUUACAUGUUCCAAUCCUCUCUCCGAAGUUGGACGCAACCUCUACUCUCUGCAGCUGCCGAUGUCGGUGGCCUUCUUUGCGGAUACGUUCUACGCCGCGAACCUCUUCCCUCUGCGCAAUCCCUAUCCGGGCAGCUUUUCUGGAAGCCUGGAUGACCUGCCUUGGAGGAUUGACCUCCUUUCAAGAGGUGGUGAAGUCUUAGAGACGUCCCGAAGCAUCCCGGUCGGCCCGUACCUGAAAGGUUUCAGCAUCUACCCGCACGCGGUCUCCGCUGGUUUGGUGCAGCCGUCGCUGCGGGAGCCCUCCGCGCAGAAUGUGGUAACGCUGCGCUUCCGGCUCGCGGUCGCCAUCUCAGUCCAUGGCGAGCGCCUGCGCAUCACUGCACCGCAUGGCUACCGCUGGCCAAUAGGUGGUGAUCCAAAGCUUUUCAUGAAGGAGUCGCCUGUGACACUGUCCACCUUGGUCUACGACGUGUCCUUUCCACCUUCAAUUGAGCCACACAACCAGCUGGAGCUGACACUGGUCAAUCCGCAGAUCUUGGCUGGCUCUGACAUGCGCUUGGAAGGAACCAUCCAGAAUGCGGCAAGGGAUCCCGAGCUUCAAAACAUCUUCCAGAGCGCGAACAUCUGGAUGCUGGAAAUUUACGAGCCAGGGGCGGGCUAUCUGUUUUAUGAGACCCGCAAGCAAGCCGGGAUCUUGCCAGGCUUUGCCCUGCAGGCCAUCACUGGGGCGGAGGUCCAGCCGUGGCUGCCGCUGUCCUCCACUACCCCGCUCCCGGUCAUGGUCACCUUCCGCCUCGGCACAAGCUUCACUGCACCCCCGGCAGUACUGUCUGCAGUGGAGCUGCUGGCACCCAGCGGGUUCAGCUUUCCGGAGGCGUGCACUUUCAAUCGAAUCUCCCCUCUCCACCUGGAGAUUGACGGUUACACUUGGCUCCCAGAAGGGUCGUUAUCCGGAUGCGCGGGGCUCUAUGCCAGCCCCGAGAACCAAAGCACGGUGGAGGCUUCGGUGCAAGAUCGACAGGUGGCGCUUCUCUCUCUCUUUCCAGGCACCACGCUACAGCGCCGGUUGCUGUAUGCCUUCUAUGUUGAGGUGCUCAUCCCGAGCAGCUUUCCUCUGCAGAACUCUUGGCGCUUGCGGGUCCUCCGCAACGACACUGGUACUGUAGAGACUGCGACGAUCCCGGGCUUCCGCCAGGCGCAGCAACUGCUCUCGGCCUCUUAUCAUCCAGGGACGGCGGAUACGGGCGAGGACUUGAGAUCCGGAGCAUCAGACAACAAGGUAAUGUUUUCGUUGCAAGCUGCCGCGAGUGUCCCUGUCGGCGGUGCACUUCGCAUCACUGCACCGUACCGCUUCACAUUUGCGGUGGAUUGCCUCUUCUCCAUUUCUGCAUCAGCCAGCAUCCUGGCAGAGCUCCAGGGAGCUCAGAUCUAUGAGGACCUGCCCAGACUGCAAGCCUGUAUUGGACUGCAGAACACAGCAAGGCUAGUGCUGGCGGAGCGAAUGGAUGCCGCGAUCCGCUACUCGUUUCGCCUUGCGGUGGCCAACCCAGCUCUACCCCAUCCGAGUGACUGGCCCUUUCAGCAAGAUGUCUGGCGCUUCGAGACUCUGAACGUGCAAGGUGGUGUGCUGAAUGCGGCGCAGGUAAAGGCAUUCUUCCUCUGGACCUUCGAGCGUUCUGUCCUGGUACCAUUUGUGCUGGGUGCUGGAGAGCAAGGUGUUGUGAGUCUGGAGCUUGCUCCCUCACUGACACUUCCGCCUUUGGGCUCCGUGCUUAUCACGGCUCCACCCGGCUUCCAGCUCUUGGCCGAGCCCUGCGAAGGCUUCUUUCCGGACACCUUCGGCAGCUCCGAGGGCUUCAGCCCGCUUCCGGCGGGAACGACCUGCAUGCGAGGUUCUGGAGGUCCAAAUGUGGUAAAGCUGCAGCUUGACGAUUUCUCGUACCUGGCUGCCGGAGUCUUCCUGCGCUUCAAACUUGGCGUGGUGAAUCCUUCCCAGUACACUUCCACGGCAGAAGACUGGUUCAUUGCGUCCGUCGAGCAAACGGACCUAGGCGACUCCUACUUGGAACAGAACCCGGCCGUUGCAGGCUACGCCGUGCACCUGCGCUUGGCCUCCUUUGACCUCUUGCCUAGCUCUGCGAACGCAGCGCGGGCAGCGACCGUUCGCAUCGAGUUCUCGCUGCCGGAGGAUCUUGGAGUGUUCCAGGUGGUCUCCAGCACCGAGGAGAGCUUUGUUGUGGUCAACAUGCCGCCUUUCUUCUCCGUGCCUACGCAAGGCAGCGGCAACGAGACUGUGGAGCCAGUGACGGCGGACUUCGAGGCGGCGAACAUCCUCCUCAUGAAGCCUUGCGUGUCAUACACGCGCAUCUCUCCAGAUCUCGACUUCUUCCCCACUGAGGGGGAUGCUUGCAUGGCCCUGCCUGCGGCAAACAGCUUUCGCUUGCGCCUGUCUGGGAACUUGGACGUAGGACCAAGCUACAUCUUCGCUGUGGGGGUGUUCAACCCUGCUCUGACAGCAGUUCGCCAACAUCAGAUCUCACAGGCCAACUUUUGGCAGCUUCGCCUGGUGCGUCGCGCUUCUGGCCGCGAUUCCACUGCGGCUGGCCGCGCUGCGAUCGGGUACCAGCUGCUGCCGGUUCUGCAGGACUGCACCAUUACGGCAGCAACGAGCCCCAUCCCAGUGGGCUUCGACACGGCUGUGGCUGUAGCUUUCAGCCCUGUCUCGCCAUUGGCAAGUGGCGACCGAAUCGUCGUGCGGCCACCUGCUUCCUUGCAGCCGGCGCUGGCCUGUACGCUCUCGGUGGAUGGCGCGCCGGUCUCCAUCAACUGCUUCCUAGAGAACAACAGCCUGGUUCUAUGGUUGGAUGGCAGUUCAAGCGUGUUGGGAGACAGCCAGGUGCUUGCCGGGAUGUCCGUGAAUUCUGGCGAAGUAGCGCUGACCGCCACAGAUGAACGGAACCGAUGGGCAGUGGUUACCGAGAACGCCCAGAAUCAGACAUGGGACGAAGCGCCGGAUGUCCCAGGAUUUACGAUCUUCCCACGGCUGGAGAAUGCGAGGGUCAUCCCCAAGGAUGUGUCGUCAAUGUCAUUUGCAAACCAUGCUGAGUUCUCUUUUGCGUCCCCCGUGGCAGUCCCUUCUGGGGCCUCUGCGCGGGUGGCGGCACCUGGUGGUUUCACGCUUUUUGCCGCCACCUUCGCGGCUGAAUUUCCCUCGCAAGCCGUUGCUGUUUCUGAGGCGGAAGUCAUGGUUUGGAUUUUGGCCGCCAUCUCUCCUUCACAGCAGCUCUCCUUCCGAUUGACAGUUGGCAACCCUGCAGUCAGUCCGCCGCAGAACCAGUGGACGAUCGAAGUCCGGAGUCCACUGAACGACACCUUGGCCCUCGACCGAGCUAUUCCAGGCUUCGUAGUGCAGUCAAGCUUCAAUGCUUCGUAUAUCGAAGCGGAUGUCAACGAGCCCUUAGCCGAGAACUAUGUCCACAUUGCCGUGGCGGUCACGCAACCUCUGUUCGCCGACAGCUUCGGACAAAGCCAGCAGUGCACCUCGAGCGACAAGCUCUGCGUCUAUACAACCUGGCUGGAGGUGGUGGCUCCUGAAGGCUUCGUCUUCGCAACAACCUGUGGUUUCUGGGUCCUCCAGCGAGUUGGCUCCGCGCACCGAGGGCUGCCGCCAGGUUCCCUGUGCCUUGCGGACCCAGACCACUCGAACAUUGCCAGGGUGCGACUUUCACUCACGCUGGAGGCGUUCACGCUCUAUGAGUUCACUCUUCAGGUUCGCAAUGCGCUCUCUGCGCCACUCCACAAUGUCUGGGAACUGAGAGCUGUGCAGGAUGGCAUCGUUCGUGAACGAGAUGCGAACGUGGAAGGCUUUGCCCUGCGCCAGCUACGUACGGUGCGCGUUACUCCGGUCACAACGUUGGCAGGUGCCGUGGACAACGCUGUGACGGCCCUGCUCCGUUCAGAGCGGCCGAUUCCACCGAGGGCGACGGUAACCAUGGUGGCGCCACUGGGCUUCGUCUUCGAUGCCUCCGAGGUCUCCAGCUCGUUCCAGCAGGACAGGGCUCCGCUCGUGAUGAACGACCUCACCUCGGAGGAUGGUACGGAGCCCUCGGGGGCAACCAUCCGCUUCUACGUGAGCCCGCAGGACUAUGUGCAGCCCAACACGUACUUCUAUGUGAGUGCACGCGUCCGGAAUCCAUCUGCUACACCAAGCUCGAACUAUUGGUACUUCUACAUUCAGAGCCAGUUCAUGGAGCACAUCGACUUGCGCAAAUUCAUUCCUGGAUUUGUGAUGUCAUACCAGAUGCCAUACUUCCAGGUGUAUCCAAACUCCAUUCCUUGGAAUUUGGGGACGGCCAACGACAUUUCGCUGCUGUUUGUGACGUCUUCCGUAGUCUUUAUGGAGACGUCGAGUUCAAGCUCGCCAGGGACCACAGUUCUUGGUGGCGACCUGCCUGAGACCCAGGCAGCGUCGUGGCAGUUGCUGCUCGUGGCACCCAGUGGCUUCAGCUUUCCGCCGAGCGGCCCCUUCUCGGAAUUGUGCUCCGGCUUCCAGCGCUGGGGUGGCAAGGAAUCAUACGACCAGCUCCCGAACACCCAGGGCACCCUUCGCUGCACCGUACGCAAUGCACGCACAGUGGUGCUUGACGUUCCAUCCACCUACGUGAACGAAUCCAGAUACUCCUUCCGGCUCAAUGUAACGGUCGCUGAUCAGCAGGAGGACGUGGCGCUCCGGCAGCCUUGGGCACUCACCAUUCUGGAGAGUGGCCAGAUCCUGCACACUGGAGAGAGCCCGAGUCCUCUUCUGGGAGUCUUCUAUGAGGCACAAUGGUUUUGGGCACCAGGACAGACAGACAGCUGGACUCGGACCUGA